UGGCGCUGCCGCCCGCGCGGCCGCCGCGUCCCCGCCCCUCCGCCAUGGCCGAUGUGGAGGACGGGGACGAGCCCGGUGCCCCCCACUCGCUGCCGGGCUCCGCGGGCUCCAAGGCGGGCGCUCCCGACAAGAUGUUCUCGCUGAAGAAGUGGAAUGCGGUGGCCAUGUGGAGCUGGGACGUGGAGUGCGACACCUGCGCCAUUUGCCGGGUGCAGGUCAUGGAUGCCUGUCUUAGAUGUCAAGCUGAAAACAAACAAGAAGAUUGUGUUGUGGUUUGGGGAGAAUGCAAUCAUUCCUUCCACAAUUGCUGCAUGUCCUUGUGGGUGAAACAGAAUAAUCGCUGUCCCCUCUGCCAGCAGGACUGGGUAGUCCAGAGAAUAGGCAAAUAAAAACUGGAAGGAUUUCUUCCUGUUGCGCUUAUUGGAAUGGUGUGUGUGUUGUGCCCUGUGCUCAUGCAGAGCAGAACGUGUCCAUCAGGACAUGACUCACUUGCUUUACCUGCUCCAAGACCAGAGUGCAGGCCUCUGGCUGCUCAAGGUGCACUCAGUCCAUGCUCAGGCUCACUGCAGGGGCUCCACAACUCAAACAGAAGAUGCUGCUUCAACAAAUGUAUCUGCCAUGAUUAGAGUGUUGUCUGGAUCAGAGCAUAGAAACGUAGUGGUGCAGAUUAUACCCUAAACACAGAGCAUUUAAUCUUUUUCCAUUGAUAAAUAAAUUCAAUUGAAAGGGUCACCUUACCUGGUCUGAUACACUGCAUAGUUUACAGCCAGGAGAAAGAAAAUAUUUCCUAAGUACUAUUGUAUGCAAAAACACAGCCAGUGUGUUUUUUAAGAAACUAUUCUGAGUUUUAAUCUAAAAUUAACAGUGUGUAAAAUACAUCAUACAUGCUCCAUAUCAUAUGUGCUUCUUCCAUCACACUGUAUUAAACAUUUCUAAUUUAGGUUUUCCUUAUGACUUUUGUUUUCUUGUGUCUCUAAAUCUGUUGCUCUGUUACAUUCUAGACAUGAUUUCUACAACCAUAACAUUAAAAUUUAACUAUGUUAAUAAGUUUUUUUAUUUGUAUUUCUGUUAGUGAUCAUGGAGACAUGUGUUUUUAACCCAAAGAUUUUUUGUAGAAAGUCGUGUAUUUGAUAUCAGUUAACUAGAGGUGUAGACAGUCAUGCUGGUUAGCUGAUUAAUAUAGGAAGCAAACAAAAGUGAUCAUUUAAAUAGGCCAAGAAAAGGAGAUACUAAUUAAAUCUAAGGAAAAAUGGUAACUUGUGAUUUCAUGAAAAUUCAGUUAAUAGAAAUUUCUGUAUUUUUAUUUGUCAUAGUGUUUUGGAAGCAUUUUUUUCAUUUUUGUGGAAAUCCUGAAUAUAUAAUCUUCUUUGAAUUUUUUCUUACAGCUGUUUAAGUGCUUGCCUCUAACUUUGUCUUUUCCCUAAAUAGCCAGAUGAUUAUGAAGCUGAACAUAUGCUGUGGGAUUUUUAAAUAUAUAUGGAACAGAGAGGUAGAAUUAUUGCUUUCAAUCUGUAACAAAUUCAGGCUUAAUAAAAUGGUCAAUCAAUAUGGGUGAAAUUGAAGCAAUAUGCAUUGUUUACUUCAAAAUUAUAAUCUUUAAUGUUUAAUGUGUUUCUCAGUAGAUGUAUUUUUGUCUAAUUCUAAGUACAUUUAAAGAGGUUUAUCUUCACUGUAUAAAAUAUUUCUAAUCUUUGUAUCAUCAAGCAUAUUGCAGAGUUUACUGUGGUUUUGUUUAAUACUGUAAUCUUGGUUUUGAGAUGUUUUGAUUUUUUAAAUGUAGUUUUUGUUUGAUUUUUUUGUUUGAUUACACACUGAGAUUAAAAAAUUCUGAGUCACUGUUACACUGUAUCACAUCAGUUGUUGUUAUGCCAGAUGAUGUCUGUCUUAAAACCCAGAACAAAUGUAAAAUAUGUUAACAGUAGUAACAAAGUGCCUCUAGCAUUUACAUUGUUGUGGAGUAUUUCUGUUUGUGUAAAAAUAUUCCCAGAAUUCUUGGAAAAAAAAAUCUGAGUGGACAUGAAAAUGAAUUUUAGCUGUCACAGUCAAA